AUGCCUGACCCUCUUGACUAUACCGUUGGCUGGAUAUGUGCGGUAACAACAGAAUACAUUGCCGCCCAAGCUUUUCUGGACGAGAAGCACGCAGGACCUGACGACAUUCCCCUCCACGAUCACAAUGACUACACCCUCGGGAGGGUAGGGAGACAUAAUGUCGUCAUCGCUGUGUUGCCGCUUGGCGAAUAUGGGAUAUCCAGUGCUACUGGCGUCGCCAAGGAUAUGCUGAACAGUUUCCCUAACGUUAGAAUUGGCCUGCUAGUUGGAAUUGGAGGUGGCGCGCCCAGCAGCCGACACGAUAUUCGACUAGGAGAUGUUGUCGUUGGUAUUUCGAGCAACGGCAAGGGAAGCGUGGUGCAGUAUGACUAUGGGAAGGCUGUUCAGGGACAGCAAUUCCAUGUAACAGGGUACCUGAACCAACCGCCCACGUUUCUGCGAACUGCUGUCAACGGACUCAAGGCACAGUACGAGGCAGAGGGCCAUCAGCUCAAGGAAGCUAUCCGACAAGCUUGCCUGUCGAAGCCGAAGCUGCAGAAGAAGUACCAGCGCCCGGACAGUGCGACUGAUAGACUCUAUCGUAGCGAAGUGAUCCACAAAUAUGAUGGGAGAGAUUGUGCACAAGUUUGCAGCAGUAAUGCAUCCAAUCUUGUGCGGCGAGGCAAGCGAACAGAAGACGACGACGAUCCCGCUAUACACUACGGCCAAAUUGCCUCAGCAAACACGCUGAUGAAGGACGCUGCAGCGAGAGAUGCCAUAAUGCAAAAGUGGGACAUUCUUUGCUUCGAGAUGGAGGCCGCUGGCUUGAUGAAUCAGUUUCCAUGCCUUGUGAUACGCGGUAUAUGUGACUAUUCGGAUUCCCACAAGUCCAAGGAGUGGCAGGGAUAUGCUGCAAUGACGGCAGCUGCGUACGCAAAGGACCUGUUGUGCCGUAUUCCGCCAAAGAGAAUUACACAGGAGAAGAAGAUCACUGAAGUGCUUUCCGAUAUUCGAGAAAAUGUCAGAAGCUUGGUCCAAAGGACGUUCGACGACGAGCGUGAGUCUAUUCUGCACUGGCUGACACCGGUUGACUACGCGCCCGUGCAGAAUGAUAUUUUGAAUCGACGGGAGCCAGGCACUAGCCAAUGGGUUGUGGAAACGCCAGAGUUCCAGACGUGGCUUCGCAGCAGAGGGCAAACAUUAUUUUGUCCAGGUAUGCCGGGAGCUGGUAAGACAUUCCAUGUGUCGACAGUGGUGCGCAACCUGCAGAGACGAUGCGAAGAUGAUACAAGCGCGGGAUAUGCAUUCAUCUACUGCAACUUCCGACGAAAAGACCAGACUCUGAGGGACUUGUUGGCUAGUCUGGUCAGACAACUUGCCCAGGGUCAGUCACUAUUCCCGGAGGCUGUGAAGCUACUGCACGAUAAGCAUAAGCGUAGUCGAACAGUACCAUCGACGGUAGAACUGUUGCAGACACUUGGAUCUGUCUUAUCGUUGUAUUCUAGCGCAUUUAUUAUUGCUGACGCCCUGGAUGAAUGCCAGACAACAGAUGGAUGCCAAAAAAGACUUGUCUUGGAGCUUUUCAAGUUGUGUAACAGCCGUGCAGCGAAUCUAUUCCUGACGUCGAGGAUCAGCUCUAGUAUAGCAGAAAUGUUUCACAACUGCGUACAACUUGAGAUUCGAGCUACCAAAGAAGACGUACUGCGGUACUUGAAGGCACAAUUGUUCCAACUACCAAGCUUUGCCCAACGAGACAGAGAGUUGCAAAGCAAUGUUAUUUUGUCGAUUGCCGAAGCAGUUGAUGGAAUGUUUCUGCUUGCAAAGCUGCAUCUCGACGCUGUCAAAGUAAAGACAUCUCCAAAGCAUCUUCGCACCGCGCUUGCGAAGCUUCACACAGGAUCCGGGGCGUAUGACUUUGCCUAUCAAGACGCCAUGCAAAGGAUAAUAGAGCAGGUUGGCGAUCAUGCGGACCUCGCUGUGAAGGCUCUUUCCUGGAUUGUCCAUGGCGAACGACCACUUACUACCAUGGAACUUCGGACGGCACUGGCCACUGAAGUCGGUGCGAGAGAACCCGAUGACUCGAACAUGUCCGAUAUCAUGGACAUCAUUGCUGUAUGUGGGGGAUUGAUAACGGUCGAGGAGCAAAAUCAAAUUGUUAGGCUGGUUCAUUACACCGCACAGGAAUAUUUCGAACGUACAAAGAGGAAAUGGUUUGGCGACACCGAGUCCACUAUUGCAUCAGUUUGUGCUACGUACCUUUCCUUUGACGUCUUUGACACUGAACUUUGCCGGAGCAACCUGGCUUUGGAAGCACGACUGCAACAAUUUCCGCUGUAUAGCUACUCAUCUCGCAACUGGGGAUGGCAUGCCCGCAGAGUUCCCAGAUGCAACGCGGUCAUGAAGUUUCUGAACGAGCCUAAGAAAAUAGAAGCAUCCUUUCAGGCAUGGAACAUACAGAAGUUUUCUUGGAGCGAACCCCGGGUUGUAACAGGCGUCACAGGGAUACAUUUCGCGGCCUGCUUUGGGGCCACUGAGUAUGUAGAAUGGCUAUGUCGUUCCGGCAAUCCAAAUUUAGCAGACUCUGCUCAUCGCACUCCUCUCAGCUAUGCCGUGGAACUCGGCCAUGCAGAAGUUGUAUCAACCUUGCUUGACAAGGGCAUCAAAAUUGAUCCGAUGGAUGCGACAGAAAUUCUGACAUAUGCCGUCAGGAACGGCCACAACUCCGUCGUUGAGUUGCUAGUUGGGCGAGGUGGUUGCAAUGCCAACAGAUUGGAUGGGUUCCUCGUGUCCCCGUUGAUACAUGCAGUGACGCAAAACAACACAGCCAUUGUCAGAUUGCUUCUUGAGCACGGCGCCAAUCCCAAUCUUGCCACAAAUACAUGUCCAUCCACCCCGUUGGAAGAGGCAGCCCGAGUCGGGAACGAAACGAUUGUUCGGUUGCUUCUUGAGCAUGGAGCAUGGGUUGACAUGGUCGAUGAUACGGAAGCAACGGCCCUCUUCCAUGCGGCAGAAAGGGGGCACGAGGAGGUUGUUCGUGUGCUUCUCAAGUAUGGGGCUCAAGUGAACUUGAGGGAUCGUUUUGGCGCGGGUCCGGUCAAAGGAGCGGCAGUUUUUGGCCAUAAGGCUAUUGUGCAGCUUCUGCUUGAGCAUGGAGCAAAGGAAGAGUCAGGAUGUGGUGAUGGCAACGAAUUGCUAUUCCAGGUGCACCAGAAUGCCGUAUUACGUAAGGCACCAAGUCACUCCAUGUCCUCUUCUGCCCACGCCGGGCACUUCGACUACAAGGCACAGAGGGCUUAA